AUGAUAUGCUCAAAUCCAGGCGAACUUGUUGUUCAUUCUUUGCUCAAGCAGUUUGCCUCCAUGUGUCAAUCUACGGUUGAAAAUGCCCUUGAUGAGAAAGCCGACAAUGAUCUGCUUAAGUGUUUGCGUAUGUCAGAGGACACAGCUUUUCAACAGCUUCUUACCGCUCUAUAUUCCUGCGCUGAGCAUGCCCUACCAAGUCUCCUACAAACAAUUACGAAAUGGUAUGAUACCCAGCAUUCAAGUGGAUCUCUUUAUCCGUUCCGUCGUACACCAUCUAAAGCUGGACUUCGAAGCCAAACUCUUUCGGCGGCGACAGGUCAAGCUGUAUCCAAUACUCCCCCUGGUGGCCGCGAACUCCUAAUUAGAUCAAUGGUAGUUGAGAGUUCACUGACUACAACUGGAGUAACGCAAGGUGUCGCAGUUUCUUCGCAAGAGGUCAAUAAUGCUCUUCCCUCAUCUGCAAACACAACCCAAGAUCCUCCAAUUCCAGCUAUGUCUUCACUCGCACGAGAGAAUAUGGCUGAACGUCGAGAUCUUUGUAUUGAUAUUCUCUACUGCCAAACUCUAGCCUCUGUGUUAAAACAGCUGCCCUAUCAUCCUGGUCACGAUGAUAUUAUUAACAAAAUUCUAAAUCAGGCCUUUAGACAUUUUGAGUAUAAGGAAAAUGAAUUAAUGGUUCUUUUCUUUCAAAACGGCAGUCUGCAAGCGAAAUUGAAUGCAGGGAAUAUAAAUACAGUAGCUGAUGCCUAUGCGAAAGUGGUUGGCGAGUUAUCACAAACGCGAUUCAACCUUGUGAGACAGCAUUUUUCGACCCGACUAGAGCAUCUCCGUGCGAAAGAAAGUAGUCCCCAUACCAUGCACAGCAUAAUAUCGCUUCUUAUGGGAAUGAAAUUUUUCCGCGUAAAAAUGCACCCCAUUGAAGAGUUUGUGAACUACUUCACAUUUCUCCAUGAAAUGGGGCAGUACUUUCUGGAGGUCAAAGAGAAGGAGAUUCGUCAUGCUAUGACGUGUCUCUUUGUGGAAAUUCUACUGCCAGUUGCAGCUGUUGUGCGCCAUGAAGUGAACAUACCGGCCCUUAAAAACUUUGUUGAUCUCCUUUAUCCACCGUCUUUCGAACUGGCUAAUAAGAAGAAGCAUGUUCUAGCUCUUUUCCCCAUGGUUACAUGUCUACUUUGUGUUGGAACUAAAACAUUUUUCCUCAAUAAUUGGUCGCCAUUUAUGCAUCUGUGCUUGAGCCAGCUUAAAAGUCGAGACUUCGGCCAAGUCAGUGUGGAAUCGCUGUUUCGCCUACUUUGGGUCUACGUGGUGAGAAUAAAAUGUGAAAAACACGCCGACACAUUGAAUAAGUUGUUGAGCAUAGUGAAUGGCCUUUUCCCCAAAGGCUCCAAGUCAGUUUUGCCCAAGAACGCCUCAAGCACCGUCCAUGUGAAAAUCAUUCAUUUCAUAGCUCAGGAGAAAUUGGACUUUGCCAUGACAGAAAUUAUAUUUGACUUGCUGGGAGUAAAUCGUCUGCAGAAGUUGGUUUUCAAUCCGGAGGUGAGUUGUAGAUGUAAUUAUGGUGAUAAACACCUAAAGUCCAUAUUGAGGAAUGUUCCCCACUUUGGACCAUGUUUAGCCGUAGUGCAGUCUGUAUUUGCACUCAAUCAUACUUGUGAUUAUGUGGUAAUAAAUCCAGCGAUGAUUCUGGAAAGAGUUUGUUGCAUAUCUCUGACUGGGAACGAGAAAAGUGUAACAGGAAUAAAAAAGUAA